CCACAACCCACACCCACAACCCACAACCCACAGCUCUAGUAGAUAGUCAGCAACAACACACAUCACCCCGAGUCAUCGACGCCUAUCUUCCGAUCGGCCACUCAUCUGUUGAUAAAUAGAAGCAAAGAUACUUUGUAAGGUACUGUACUGGUACCAUGCAUGCGGCAAAGUCGGGUACGUGUUGUGGUUUAGUGAAUUUCCUUGCCAAUAAAUGAUACCACCUGUCAUCAGCUUUCUGGUAGUCCAAGAUGCCGCUACCACGAUAUGACGAAAUAUGGUACGAAUGGCUUGAGAAACUCAAAGCAUUCGAGCAGGAGAAUGGGCACUGCAGAGUUCCUUCUAGUGAUCCAGAACUUGGAAGGUGGGUGAUGCAGCAGAGGGCUAGACAGAUGACCAUGUCGCAGAACAGACUGGAUGCCCUCAAUGCACUUGGUUUCACUUGGAAGGUUAAGGAGGAAGCUUGGCAAUCAAGUUUUACUCAAUUGAAAGAAUACAAAGAACAACGUGGCCACUGCAACGUGCCUUCUCGACAAGGGAUACUUGGAAGCUGGGUGCAUAAUCAGCGAACGUAUCGAGCACUUGGGAGACUCAGCGAUGAACGCAUUCACCAGCUAGACGAGCUGGGAUUCAUUUGGACGAUGCGCGAGUCUUUCAAUACCACAAUUCCAGAGGAUAAAGAAACUACAAAUCAAGCACCUCCAAAAGUCGGAGCGGGAGGAUGCAACCAGGAGUAUCCCACAUAUGUGCCAACUCGACCAAUAUUUGAACCUUCAGUGUCUACUACCCAGGUAACUCGAAUGGGUGGACCUUCCAUGUCUACCCAGAACACAAUGCUCCAGAUGACGGAGAAAGAACUUCAUAAGCAGGACCAUGUAUCCAAGAGACUCUCAGCAUGUACGAAUACCGGUAGUCAAAAGGAUGAUUCAUGGGGGGGUGCAGAGAUGGAACAAGAUAGCGAGAAAGUGUUUUGGAAGCUGAUUGAGCAAAUCAAGGAGCAGAGUCAGCAGUUACACACAGUGUUGGCUAGAUUUGACAAACACGACAUCCCAUACGACGAUGAGGAAGCUGGCCCAGCUCCCAAAAGAAGCAAGUUGCUCUCGCGCCCAAAAACUACCACGGGGCACAGCGGUCUCGCAGAGUCGGAACGCUCCACUGGUGACGAUGCUGAGAAUUUCAAAGAGCUUGGCCUGCUACAGGGAGACAAAUUAGAUCAUCACAAUGUUUCGCACUACCGGCCAAUCGAAUGCAAUGGGCCAAGAAAUAUUGCAACCAUUGUAAACAGGCAAUCAGGGCCAUACCAGAUACUGGAGCCGGAGCUUGCAAUGUCUUCAAACCGUGCAGCUCCGGCUGCCAAGCGCAAAUUCAAAUCUGGGGAUGUAGAAAUUCCAAACUAUCACGACCUCGCGAAAAAGGAAACAACAGCAGAACAGCUUGACUUUUGCUUGAGCCUCAGAGAAUACACCAAUCUGCGUACAACUGCCUUUACACCCAGGUCCAAGUCGUUUGUGGUUAAAACUUUGAAGCCAAUUCUUCGCUGCUUUGAUAUCUGUUGUGAUGGUGACAAGUCCAAGUUUAUCUCUGAUUAUGAGGGCAAGUUGAAGCUGUGUGUGUUCAGCGCCAACACAUGCAAGCACAACCAUUGUGCCAUUGUACACAGGCAACCAGAAAGAUUCCAAAUGCCUAAGCCGGAGCUGGCAAUGCCUUCAACCAGUGCAGCCCUAAGUGCCCAGCAUAAAUUCAAGGCUGGGGAUGUAGAAAUUCCAAACUAUCACGACCUCACGAAAAAGGAAACAACAGCAGAACAGCUUGACUUUUGCUUGAGCCUCAGAGAAUACACCAAUAUGCGUACAACUGCCUUUACGCCCAGGUCCAAGACGUUUGUGGUUAAAAAUUUGAAGCCGAUUCUUCGCUGCUUUGAUAACUGCUGUGAUGGCAACAAAUCCAAGUUCAUCUCUGAUUAUGAGGGCAAGUUGAAGAUGUGUGUGUUCGGCGCCAACACAUGCAAGCACACAAGAGUAUUCAGCAACUCAUAG